UAUUUCUUUUAAUUAUAUAUAUAUAUUUUUAUUAUUUCUUUCUUUUAUUUCCGUAUCUCUCUGUCAUGCCCUGCCAAGGGACAACGGAUGAAAACUAGCUAACCCAGCUAUUUCCGGUGCAUUUACAUUUUUUGGGGAAAUGUUUAUCAAUGUACACUGUCCCUUUUCAAAUAAACGCAUAAACAAAAUUGACAGUUGAAUUUUAACUGUAGUUCUUGACAGUUGCAUUUUAACUGUGGUUAUUUGUUUGACUGAAUACGUGAUCGUACACACAUUUCAGUACCAAUUUCUAUAAUGAGUCACAUUUUAUUGAGGGAUGGGGCAGAGUGGACCUAAAGCGAGGCCCGUGCAAGUCCCAGCAUGCUGAGCGCAGACGGGCUUCAGCGAGGCACGCAUCGGUCGCCUGAAUCGUUGAAAUUUGCCUGCCACUUCGUCAUUACUAUCUGCAAUGGCAGCAGCUUUAUCCCGUGCUCUGAAAUUGCCCGGUAAGAAGGGAUCAGAGCUAGGAGAGUAUGAUCCUCUCACUCAGGCGGACAGUGAGGACGACAGUGAAGAGGAUGACCUGGUGCUCAACUAUCCUCGCAAUGGUCUUGGCAGGAGCAACAACAUGGGCACGGGGACAUCAGAUUCCCGCAGUAGCAGGGGAAGCAGGUUCAUCCAGGAACAGGGUGUCGAGGAGGAUGAGGAGGAAGAGGAGGAUGAAUGGAGAGAAAGACACAGGGGGAAAAUAAGGCAAGAGACAGAGGAUGGGGAGAGCAGACAGUACUGGAGCCAGAGGGAGAUGGGCAGGGAUGCAACUAGUGACGAUGGAGAGGCAAUGCGAUCCACUGGAGGUGUAGGCAUGGGCUCAGAGUGUGAUCCUGAAGGGAAAAAGGCCAGAAUGAAGGGGGCACUUCGCAAUGCUGCCUUCUUAGUGCCACUGUGCUCAGCAAUGAUAGUGGUGCUGCUGUGUGCAUUUCUCCUGCCCUGCCAACAGGGGGACCCCGACAGUUGGGAGAGAGAACUAGGAGGUGAUGCAGGAGGUGUCUCAUCACUCCCCCUGGCUCUGUGGGAUCUGGACAAUGAUGGUAUAGAAGACAUAUUAAUAGGAGUCACACAGUUGUCCAAUGACAGCCAGGGCUCCAGCUCACAAGUUAUCAGUAAAGAGUACAGUGUGGUGGCUCUGUCUGCCACCAGUGGGACAAUGUUGUGGAGGCGUCCACUGAGAGAGCCUGUGAUGUCUGUACAGUGUGGGCUACAGACGGGACCAGCGUUGUCAGGAGCAGCAGCACACCCAGUAGAUGGAGCUCACUGGGGGCCGCAGGCCCAGAGCCCCCCCCUCCAGUCUGACCCUGUGUGCCUGCUUGUAGGCUCCUCACACCUCACCGCCAUCAAUGGCACUUCAGGAAAGACGCUAUGGUCUGCAACUCCAGGUGAUAUAGAGUCACCAGCGGUUUCCCUACCAGAUGUUGAUGGAGACUCAGUUCCUGACCUGCUCAUCGUGACACUACCUGAAGACCAUGUGUCUGACCUCUCUCUGGUUCUGCUGUCUGCACGGAAAGGCACCCAGAUUGGUCAUCCAGUGACCUUUAACCUCACAGCACAGGGCAAGCUAAUUGGACCUCUUCUCCAUGAGACCAGAGUGGGGGCCUAUUACAUUCUGUUCGGAUUGGGUACUGUGGAGGCAGUCUCCUUGAGAGACAUUUACUUGAAGGCCAGUGGUGAGAAAGCAAUAGAUCCUAAGUUGAGAGUGAAGGAUCCUCAGUGGGAAAUGCUGAUGAAAACAAACUCAUCCUCACUCAUCCACAUAUCGAGUGGCACAGAGCAAGUUAGGUUCCUUCUCCCUCUUGUGGCUGGGCUCUGUAACAACCACAACAACCUUGAUGCAUUGUCCAGCAUGAACUCUAGUCAAAGUGACUGGGUGGUGGUAUGUGAGAGCAGGCUGGCUGUGCUGAAAGAGAAGGACACCCUCACAGUGUGGACACUCAACUCCUCAGCUAUACACAGCCGUCCAUCUCCAGGCCAAUUCAACGGAGAUGGAAUUCCUGAUGUUCUCAUUCAGCUGUCCGCAGCUGCAGGUGUGAGAAAGGUUCAGAUAAUAGAUGGAGCCAAUGGCCAUAGUCUGUGGGAGGCUGAGUUUGUUUGCCCACGCCUUGUGCUGGAGGGGUCCUCUGUCAUGACCACCUCUGGUCAAUCUGUGUUCCUCUUCUGGGCUGGUGAUCCUCUGAGACCACAGAGGAACAUUACCAAGCAGGUAUCUACAGCUUCAACACCGACUGACCCUGUUGUUCGCAAGCUGUUUAUGUUGCAUCCAACCUACCCCACAAUACUGUUGGAGCUGGCAAGCACCACUGACACUGUACUCUCUGCUGCAGUGAGUUAUGAAGAACAGUGGAAAGAUGCUGCUUACAUCACUGUUUUCUCCAGGCCUACGUCUGGUUUGGGGCCGGGGACUCGCGUGGUGAAAAGCCUGAGUCUGAAGGCCGCCAUUGCGGGAGGACUGAUCAGAAGGCUUGGUGAGGAGAGCAAAGCUGGGGGGCCUGUCAGACCGGGACCUUUUGAGAUCAAGAAGUUCUUCAAGCAGCUGCCAUUUAAACACCAGUGAGAGUGUUGCCCAGACACUAUACAGGAUCUGAUGAAGACCAAGCCUGUGGAUAGCUCUGCUCAGUGAAAGAAACUGAUUCAUGUUUUUAAGGUUUUUAUUUUACUUGGCCAGUCAACCGAAGGCUGCCGUUAAUAUCCACUUCCUAAGCAUGUUGUAUGUACAUUGACUUUCCCUGUAAACUGGAUACAGGUAUCUGUACAGGGACUAUACAAAAUAAUUAUCUUUUAACUGGAUCAAUCCUAGAGAUCACGGCAACUAGAAAUGCGUGUAUUCCGAAAAUGACGUUCUAAGCACAAGAACAGUACAGCUGUAUUUGCUUCAGUUUUUAAAAUCCUCAUGUCAUUACACUGAUUGGCCGUCCUGCGCUUCGCAAUCAGACAUUCACAUAACCUGUGGUUACCCUGCUUUCAUCACGGCCUCCACUGGUUUAUUAGGACUGAACUGAACCUAGUCUGGGAAAUUAGUGGAUCCUUAAAAAACGCUGCAAACAGUACAUUACGGAGGUACUAGUUAGUCUUUUUUAAAUUUGUUUUAUCGGCUGUACAUAUAUUCUGUUUGAGGCACUGGCGUAAACUAAACCAAAAUAGUGGUUUCAUUCUGAUGAGGUGAUUUUAUGGAAUCUCUCCGAUGUAUAUAUUUCUACUACUGUACAGUAUUUAUUACUUUUCAGAUUUUCUCAAAAGUUUAUUUAUGAAUUGAAAAGAUUAUGAAAUACAUGGUUUUGGUGGAGUGUUUUAUGUGUAUAUAAGAGGAGCAUCAGUAAAUAGUACACAAAGGAAGUGGUUGUUUAGCAUAAAAAGUGCAUACUAUAUUGUAUUAAGAGUGAAUGAUGGUCUGAAUUUAGCAAAUUUGUACAAAAAACCUGUCAACAUUUUCACCAUGUACAGCUAUUAACGUAGUGCAAACCACGGUAGUGUUCUGUCUUGGCUGUUAACAAGCUUUACAUUAAAUAGACAUAUUAUACCAAUUUAAACAUGUUUGCUCAUUGCGUCUGUGACAAACAGUGCCCUCUGUGCAGCAUUGUGUGGGUAAGUUGCAUUUUAGUUUUUGUCUUUGUGUUGACCUCACACAAAUUUCUCUAAAGGUUUAUCAUUUCAUGAAUGCUUAUUCAAAUUGCAGGCAGCAAUAACAAAACCACUGACUGCAGUAUGUCUGGGACUUAAAGCAGCAAUAAGGAGUUCUGUUUCCAAACUAGCAAGUUAAUUACCUAAAAGGCAUGCAAAAAACCUUGCAAACACUACCAACAGCCCAGUUGACACGGAAUAGACGCUUGCCAACACACUAACUGGUGUCUUUUGGCAGCUGGCAAUGUCAUGCUGUGAAAGCUUUUCUUCCAUUUUUGCAGGGUAUUCCAGCCCAGUACACAGAACUACAUCCUGGAAAGCUAGUGGGACGGGCACAGGUGUUUAUCUGCCCUUCACAUGACCAUAUGCUAUCAAAAUGAAUUUGAGGAUGGUACCAAAACUAGUUGCCUAUAAAACCAUAUCUCAAAGUGUCAAAUUGUUGCAUAGUGUUACUUUAACACACUUAGGAGGACAAUCAUCUAACUUUGUCAGUGGUUGACCAUGACACGAUCAGCAGAAGAUUGACAUGUUUUGCUUACUGCUGCGGGAUAUCAGGCUCUACACCUUUAAGAUUGCUCGUCAGCUCUGUUGUAAAACAGGGAACUCUCUGCAGUGCUGUACAAUUGUGUACCGACUAUGAGGAAAAUGGCGUCGCCAGUGUAUCGCAUAUCAAGGUUGUGGGCUUUUAAAAAUGCUGGGAUUUCAUCAGGUUUAACAGGGCUUAGAAGCUCAGGAACCACUUUCACGCCAUGUCGAACCGCUGUGUCUACGACGACUGGUGCUAUCUUACCCAAACCCAAAAAACAAGAACUUUGCUGCCCUUUUGGAGGAGCAUGACAUAUUUGUCCCCGAAGAUGAUGACGACGAUGACUAAACAUAGCCCCGUGUAAUGGCAGCAUCAAAAUGAAAGGGACUCCACUCAAUAUCGAGGAUCUCAAUCCCAACCACUCUGAUGUAGAAGUGCUCUCCGUGUAUUUUCACAUCUCCACUUGUGCCUAGUCUGUACUGUACUACUGACAGAAAGCAGCCCUGGUGUUGGCAUAAGGAUUUUACCCUUACGUCCACUUAUGUGCAUGCACUCUAGUCGUUUUAAAUUAAAUAAAUGGAUUGACCUUAA